CCGGCGGAGAGCGGAAGCCGGAAGCGCCGAUAAUGCGGAAGUAACGGGAGCCGGGGAGCCGUGAAGCCGAUGCCGCUCUCCCUACCUCGCAGGCCCUCGGGCUUCGGCCCCUGGCGGGAGCUGUUCCCAGGGGCGCGGUUCCGCCUCGGAGCUAGUGGUCGCCUCUUCGUCUACCUGCCGCGGGAGCGCCGGGUGCUGGGGCUGGAGCCGAGCCCGAUAUGCCGCCCCGGGCCGCUCGACCGGCGCCUGCCGCCCACCGAGCACCUGAUGGAGGUGUUGGAGCUGGACGAGAAGCCCAGCGGCGACCCGCGAACCCCCGGCCCACUCCCCACCGUCCUCGUCACUGAGACGGGCCGCGCCGAGCUCUGGGUCCCGGGAGCCGCGGGCUGGAAGCUGCAGCGGGACUUCCAGCUGUGCCAUAGUCCCCGGGCAAAGGUGCUGGCGGCAGCUUGGGACGGGCUCGCCGUCACCUGGUGCGAGGAGAGGCCGCGCAGCGAGGCCCAACAGUACUACGUCUGCAGCCGCAACCUGGGGCACGGCCUGGCGCUCGGCGCCGCCCGCAUCGUCCUGCACAACAGCCCGGCCUGCCAGCUCUUCGCUGCCGGAGAUGCCGUCUACCUGCUGCCCGGUAAGACUCCCGGAAACGGACUGAGUAAUGGCCCCGACAUUGGCCGCCUUCCUGGCAACUUUCCCAACAGCGGGCCCGGAAACCUCCCGGUCGCUGGCUACUGUCCUAGUGGUAACAACCCUGUACCUAGCAACGGCCCCAUCCCUGGCAACUUCCCCAGCAACAGCCCCGUCAACUCUCGCAGCGACGAACCCAUGGCUGACAAGGGCCCCCCGAGGAACCUGCACAAGUUCAUGGUGAUUUGGAGGCCGCAGGAGGACACCUGGACCUUCACCAGCCUCGCCCAUGGUCCACUCUUCACCAAGCGACUGCUGGCCUCUGACACUGACUUCAGGAAACUGGCCGCGGGCGCCGUGGGUCUACUAGCCGGCCUACCAACCCUGGACCUUCGGGCUGUCAGCGUGUCUCCGGCCGGUCUGCUGGCGGCCGCCGCCAGUGGUGAGAUCAACUUGGUCCGAAGCGACGGGACGGUGCGACUGCUCGGUCAGCUGCGCCCAGGCGUGGCAGCCGAGGCCUCGGGGCGGAGGAUGCUGAUGGAGCUGAGCAGCACCACUUUGGCCUGCGCCCUGGGAAGGACAGUGUGGCUGCUGGACGUGGCGACGGGCAGGGUGAUGGGGGAGACAGAGCUGGAGUACCCGCCCUUGGCCCUGCUCAGCUGCCGGGAUACCGGCGAGCUGCAGGCGCUGACCGAGGACGGCCUGUACAGCCUGGGGGGCGGGUGCGAACCCUGGCCGGACGACGCUGGCUACCUGGAGACGCUGGUGCUGGAGGAAGCCUGCGACUACUACCAGAAGCGAAGCCUGAGCCGCAUCCGGCUGACAGUGGAGAGGCUGAAGAGUGAGGCCACCUUCCGGGCCCCAGCUGCCCUCUGCUGGGUCCUGCAGAGCCGCCUCAGCCCGGCCAAGGGGUCCGGGCCCAGGACCGAGAGCCAGGCGCAGCUCCGGCGCGCCCUGACCGGGGAGAUGGAGAGCUACGCCGGCCUGGAGCAGACCAAGCGGCAGCUGGCGCGGGCGACCGAGGCCGAGGUGUCGGCCUGCGUGGAGGAGCUGGCCGGGCAGGAGGUGUCCCGGCUGCUGCUGAGCUCGCCGCCCGAGCCCGGGGCCCUCCUGCACCUGCGCUCGCUCGGCCUCGCCUUCCCGGCCGAGACGUGGCGGGCCCUAAGUCGGGCGCUGCGGCUGCCGGCGGCCCAGGCCGGCGCCGAGCAAUGGAAGGCGCUCCUGACCCCAGCCGCCUCGCCCGAGCUGCCGGCCGCCUUCGAGCUGACCUGCAGCCUGAUGCAGCGCUUCCAGCCCGACUGGCUGCCCGGCUUCGUGGAGCUGGCCCAGCGGCAGCUGCCCGACGGCCGCCCGUACCGCGGGCCGCCGCUCUACAAGCGGGCGCUGUCGGUGCUGCCGCCGGCCGAGGCCGACACGGCGGUGGAGCUGCUGCUGCGGAGCCAGCGGCCCAACGCGGUGCUGCAGGCGGUGCGGCUGCUGCUGGAGCGCGGGCGGUGCCGGCGGGCGGUCGAGUCGGCCCGGCGCUUCUCGGGGCUCGGCGGCCCGCUGCUGCGCAAGGAGCUGUUCGCCGCGCUGCUGGCGGAGCUGGGCCGCCGCCGGGAGCUCGACCCCUUCCUGCCCGAGCUGUGCGAGCUGUGCCCGCCCAGUGCCGAUGCCGCGCCCGCCCCCGAGCUGCUGCGGACCCUGCUCGACGCCCUGCCCCCCGCCGCCGGCCCUUACGCCGCCGGCCGCGCCGGCACCCUCACCCUCGGCCCGCUGCGGCCAUUGCUCCGCAGGCUGCUGGAGCGGGGCCCAGAGCCGGGGCUGGAGGCCGAGGAGCCCGUCUUCCCCCCACCCACGCCGCCCCGGGAGAAGAAGGCGGUCGAGGAGAUCUGCUGAGGGGCCGGGACCCUGCUUCGGGCAGCCCGCCACUCCCUCCUGUCCCCGCCGGGGCCCGAGGACAAGCAGCCCCCGUCAACCCAACCCGCUGCCCGCCGGGGAUACAGGUUACCACCGCCCAGGUGGGUAGGGAGGGAAAA